GGCCUGGAGUGCUGCCUGUGCCCAGACUGGGCAUUUCUCUCUCUACAGAACACAGUUUAAGUCAAGGCUCUGAGUGUGCUUUUCUCUUUCAGGUUUAAACCACCUGUCCUUUGACCCUGCCAGCACUGAGUCCCUGGGGCUGGACAGCCCAGCUGAGGAUGGCAGUGACCCGGGGAAGAGGAAGAGGAGCAGCAUUCCCCCAGAUGGUGGCAGAAAUCUGAGCCUGGAGUCCAUUCCGAUGGGAUUGCCAAUGUCCGACCCCAGCGCCUGGGCCACGGCCAUGAACAACCUGGGCAUGGCUCCCAUGGGCAUGACAGGACAGCCCCUCCUGCCUGAUUUUGAUCCUGCUCUUGGGAUGAUGACUGGGAUCCCUCCCAUCAACCCCAUGAUGCCAGGCCUGGGGAUUGUCCCACCUCCCAUCCCCCCGGACAUGCCGGCCGUGAAGGAGAUCAUCCACUGCAAGAGCUGCACUCUGUUCCCACCCAACCCCCAUCUUCCCCCUCCAGCCACCAGAGAGAGGCCCCCAGGGUGCAAGACCGUGUUUGUUGGGGGGCUGCCAGAGAAUGGCACGGAGCAGAUCAUCAUGGAGGUGUUUGAGCAGUGUGGGGAGGUCAUUGCCAUCCGCAAGAGCAAGAAGAACUUCUGCCACAUCCGCUUUGCUGAGGAGUUCAUGGUGGACAAGGCACUUUACCUGUCUGGCUACCGCAUCCGGCUGGGCUCCAGCACGGACAAGAAGGACACGGGGAGGCUGCACGUGGACUUUGCCCAGGCCCGGGACGAUCUGUACGAGUGGGAGUGCAAGCAGCGCAUGCUGGCCCGGGAGGAGCGGCACCGGCGCCGCCUGGCCGAGGAGCGAUUCCGGCCGCCCUCGCCUCCCCCCGUGGUGCACUACUCCGACCACGAGUGCAGCGUGGUGGCCGAGAAGCUCAAAGAUGACACCAAGUUCUCAGAAGCCAUCCAGACCUUGCUGACCUGGAUAGAACGUGGGGAAGUGAACAGGAGAACUGCCAACAACUUCUACUCCAUGAUCCAGUCAGCCAACAGCCACAUCCGCAGGCUCGUCAACGAGAAGGAGAUGGAAGAGGCUAAGGAGAAGUUCAAGCUGGCUCUCUCAGGGAUCCUGGUGCAGUUCGAGCAGAUAGUGGCCGUGUACCAUUCUGCCUCCAAACAAAAGGCUUGGGACCAUUUCACGAAAGCUCAGCGUAAGAACAUCAGCGUGUGGUGCAAACAAGCUGAGGAGAUCCGUAACAUCCACAAUGAUGAGCUGAUGGGCAUUCGGAGGGAGGAGGAGAUGGAAAUGUCCGAUGAAGAAAUAGAGGAUCCAUCAGAGAUGAAAGAAACAGAGGAGUCAGCGCUGGUGUCUCAGGUGGAGGCUCUGAAGGAGGAGAACGACAGCCUGCGCUGGCAGCUGGACGCGUACCGCAACGAGGUGGAGCUGCUCAAGCAGGAGCAGGGCAAGGCCUCCAGGGACGAGGACACCACCAAGGAGCAGCAGAUGAAGCUCCUCCAGCAGGCCCUGCAGGGCAUGCAGAAGCAUCUUUUGAAAGUCCAAGAGGAAUACAAAAAGAGAGAAGCUGAGUUGGAAAAAGUGAAAGAAGACAAGCUGAAAAUAGAAACAUUACUAGAAAACCUGAAGGAGCAGCAGAGCAUGGCAGAUGAAGAGGACAAGGAGGGAGAUGUAGCUGACUGCCAAGGGAAUGAGAGCAGCACAUCCAGAGUUUGUGCCUGCAGCCAGGAGAAGGAAUGCCCAGUGGAGAAAACCUUGAGCAACAGCCCUGUGAAAUCUGAACGAGAAGUUCUCCUGGUUGGGAUAAUUUCAACUUUUCUCCACGUGCAUCCCUUCGGGGCCAGCAUUGAGUACAUCUGCUCCUACCUGCAGCGCCUGGACAGCAAGAUCUGCACUGCUGAGGUGGAAGUGCUCAUGACACGCCUGCAGAACACGUUCCGCCAGGAGCUCAGCGGGGUUGGGGCCAGCCUGGAGAAGAGGUGGAAGUUUUGUGGCUUUGAUGGGUUGAAAAUGACUUGAGCUCUGACUUCACUCUGGAAGCAGGGAGAGCUGAGAAAACCUGGGAUGCUCCUCCCUCUGUUCCUGAUGAUUCCCUCACACCACGGCCUCGGGGGACAAAAUGUCAAAGUGAAACCAAGCCCAGAGCACCACUGGAAGAACCUCCGAGUUCUGCAGCUCCUUUGAUCAGUUAUUUGUUAAUGGACAAGUGCUGUUCAAUACACUUGGGGGAAAAAAGCUCCUGCCUGACCCUCUGAAGCACAGCGUGUCCACUCUGUGUCCUGCCAAUGUUGUAUGUGCUUGUGUGCCCAAAUUCCUCCUCCUCAACCUUCCUUCUGCUAGCAGCAGCCACAGACUGUCCUGAAGCAACCACAAAGGGGCAUCUUCUGGUUUUAGAUCACCAAAAGGGG